GCGCACAGCCUGCGCAGCACUGCUCCAUCCCGAACGAGCUCUUGGGUUGCUAGUGUCCGUGGCUGACGGAGGCGGAGCGUCAGCUGAGGACGAUGUCGAGCAGAAAUCGCGGACAGAAGUUUGGAAUGUAGAAUUCCAACACAGACCUAUAUUAAAUUCAAUCUAGGUCUGUGAAUGCAAUAUAUAUACACACACACAGAGAUAUGUGAGUGACUGUGGACAUGAGCGUGCGUCUCCCUCCAUUUGUUUUGCCUACGUGAGGACGGAAAGAGCGCUCCACCACCUCAGUUCUAGUCUACAACAGUUUGAAACAGGCAAAUGGCUGUAAACGAUAGCUGCAGGCUUUGUCUGAAAAACGUAAGAAUUGAUGGAAUAAUUAGCAACACCAAAUUAUUAUUCGACAAAGGGUACUGUGCUAAUGUAGCAUCGCAGUUGGCAAAACUCGGGUUGACCAUACACAACACGCCGCAGCGGUCGUACCGCGUCUGCCGCAAAUGUUGUGCCAUUAUCUGGCGACUACUAAAAGAUACCCAGGUAUUGCAGAGAUGGAAAGAUCAGGAGACCGCAGUGGUCGAGGAAACCUCUCUGGAGACAAACGACGCUGCUUCCUCCGACGACAGGAGGACCGAGGAGUCCACGCCGUCCACUCCAACAACAACAGCCGAGUUGCCUCCUCCAACCAGCGCCAGCGAAACUGAGAUUCUUCAAGGAAGUCAACAACUCACAUCAAAACCAACUCGUGAUGCUGAGGAAUGCGACACCAAAGCCGAACACCACUCUGCGACACAGCGAAAACUGUGUGCCUGUGGUGGACCUAGUGGAACACAACCCCCCGUAUUACCCAUACAGCCUAUGGUAAUACCAGUAAACGGUCGAUGUCGUCUUUGCAAUGACAUCCUAAGGGUAAACUAUACAAACAGCCAACUAAUCUUUGACAAAGGACACAGCAACCAAAAAAGCUUAGACAAACGUCUUACCAAGCUUGGUUUGGAAUUGUCGAACGUGCAAGAAAGAUCGAAGCGAGUAUGCUCGAAGUGCAUUCGCUUGAUUGAGAAAGUCGAAGCCAUUCUCAGACCAUGGCAGAAAGCAGAAGAGGAGCUACCACUGAAGUCUGAACCCUCAUCUCCGACUACACAGUCAUCAGUGAGUUCUAUGGGUGGUGCAGCAUACGGGGGAAACGUGAGCUCUCCAAAUUCUGUAAGACUUGAAUUGUCUUCCCCCCCAAUACAAACUCCCACAUUAUUUGUCCUUAAUAAUCAACUGUAUGUUCAGACUACUCACUCCCAAACAAAUCAAGUUUGUGUAUCCAAUCCUGUAGUCCCCUCUGCACCCGUUUUUGUAUCCAAUCCUGUCGUUCCCUCUGCACCAGUUUUUGUAUCCAAUCCUGUCAUCCCACCUGCACCAGUUUUUGUAUCCAAUCCUGUCAUCCCCUCUGCACCUGUUUGUGUAUCCAAUCGUGUUAUUGCACCUGCACCGAUGCCAAUGGUGUGUGUAAAGUCAGAGAAAAUGGAGGAAGAUGAACAACAAUGUCAAGUGUCUUUGGACAAGGCGACGCAGACACACAACCCUGAGUGGGAGCGUGUCUUGCGGCGUGCAUUACGUGCACAAGAAUCUCCCAUGGCAACAACUGAAAGCUCUCAAAACGGAGCAAGGAACAGUGUUCUGGAGGUGGUUCUGCAUUAUCGCUCCCGGUGUCAGAGCCAUGUGUGUGCAGAUGAUGACACAUCAAGCCUAGUGGAAGCCAUCGCAAAGAAAAACUGGAACUGGGCUGCCAAAAAGAUCAUGAGACACACAGAGCUACUUGGACCUGUCACUGACAACAUUCUGGUCCUUAUCGAGGAGGAAUGCAAGAAGCUCUGCAAUCCAGACGCCGGUUUCAUGCUGGCCGAGACGUCCAUUGAAGAUCUGAAGGCGUUCUCCCUUCAGAAAUUACGAACAGACCUCCAGCGCCUUGCCCCGUAUUUGCUGUCGAUUUUCUUGUGCAUCUCCAGAAAAUCUGAGAACAUUGCAUGUGUCGCAGCAGCGAUAGCUUUGAGAGGCCGAGACCAACACUUGGCAGCCUUUUCGCACUAUGUGACUAACAUCCUGCUGUAUGGUGGGGUGAGGAGGAGAGUCCUCAAUAGCAUUACAAAAUUCGGCAUAACCGUUUCGUACACAAGUGUGUUGAGGAAACGGAUGGAACUUGCGAGCAGUGGAGAGCACUUAGAACCGCUGAAAACAACCAACAAAACAUUCCUGAAUGAAGAUGAUGAUGAUGACGAAGACAGCAGAUCAGCCAAUGAUGGAUGUGUGCAAGGGAGCGAAAACAACGUUGCCGAAGGAACUACCAGAACGAGCAUGCCCGAUGUUACUGUGAGAGACCAGAGUGAAACCAUGCACGUAAAGAUAUCCCAAAGUGUGGACAGCGUCAACAACCAAGACACUAUGGAUAGUCCAAUGCAGAGCACUCAUGAGAACCCCAGUGGAAUGGAACAGACUACUGGUGUCAACACUCCAUCACAGAGGGACCAGGAACUGGAGUCCAAUGAAGAUACAGAUGCACCCUCCAAUAUACACCCCACACACUUGAAAGGGCGCCCUGACGUCAAUCAGUAUCUAAAGGACCUGGUCUACAAAUGUCCAUGCUGCAAGUUCUCUACGGAAUACAAGCACAAAUUCAACUUUCACAUGGACUUCCACAUUAAUCACGCUGUUCCAUUUAAAGGGUACUACAUCUGCAAAUGCCAAAUGCUGUGUCGUCUAACACGACAGACGUUGCUUCCAACGGCAGUGCUCAGUGCAGAGCCGCACUUCCAUUGUCUUUUCUGCCAGCUUACAAUUGAGAUGAAACAAAACUUUGCGUUGCAUUUGAUGUAUUGCUCCAUGCCACCUCAUCCUUUUCCUGCCUCCAUCCACAACGAGCGGCCCUCCAACCACAACCCUCUGCCCUGCAGUGCUGGAGCCACUAAGGAUCCGCCAUCUCCAGCCACUCCAUCUGGACAGCGUGUGAUGGGUCACCAUAUGGCUUGCCAAACUGAUCCACCAGAAACGACCACAGUUGCAACACAAUUGUCCAUCGAGACAUUUAAACCCCACUGCAAAAGCAGAGAAACACAGACAUCUGUGGUCUACAGUGAUGCCUGUGCCAGCACUGAAUCGGAGACGAUCGAGAGAUUUCCCUUUGAUCCCUACGAGAGACCGAGCAAGAGGCCACGUCUGGACCUGGAGGAGGACCCUGAGAACCUCUUGGACAGCAGCUCAUUGAUGGACAUCGGGGAGACAGUGACCAUUUUGGCCGAGUCUGCAGAUUUGACAACUUCGCAUACACCUGUCCAAAAGAUGUCUACGUAUAUCGUCUACGAAUCCUGCUUAAGGGAGCUGUUUUCAGAGUGUCCUGACUGCAAGAUGAAAGCAGAUGUCUGUACAAGACGUGUGGGCACAUUUGUGAUGGUGCAGCAGCACUGUCAAUAUUGUCAGCAUUCUCGACGAUGGAGCAGCCAGCCUGUUCUUGGUAGCACUCCUGCAGGGAACCUACAACUGGCUGCGGCCAUUUACAUCAAUGGUGCAUCUUUCACCAACACCGAAAAGAUUUUUAAGACGAUGAACUUGAAGAUGUUGUCCUACAAGACCUUCCAAAGACACGCCCGUAUGUACAUAGAGCCAGCUAUCGUCCACAAGUGGAGGACGACCCAAGAUGGCCUGUUGGCAGAGCUUUCUCAACAGCACCUCAUCCAUCUUCGUGGAGACAUGAGGACAGACUUUCCAGGCCGUACUGCCAGGUUUGGCAGCUACACCAUGAUGGACCUCAGAAAUAACAAAGUCAUCGAUAUUCAGCUAGUUGAGAGAAGUGAGGUUGGUGCCAAUGAGAGCAUGGAGACAAAAGGCCUGGGAAGGAGUCUCACUCUCUUGAAGGACCAUGACGUGAGACCUGACACCGUCGUCACAGAGGCUCGACCGGAGAUAGAGGAGUUCCUCAGUGAGGCCACCUUCACACACUACUAUGAUGUUAGACACGUCGAAAAGGGACUUUCCAAGAAGCUACAAACAAUGUCGCAUAAGAAAUUCUUCCUAAGUCUGAAGAAAUGGUUCCCCACCAUAAGAGAACACCUGUAUUGGACAGCAGAGACCUCCACCACGGGACCGGAGAGAGAAGCAAAGUGGCGAUCACUCAUGUAUCGCGUUCGAAAUGUCCAUGUCCACAGCGACCCGCGAUUCCCUCAGGACGGUCUGCACACGUCACGAAAACGGCAGAGGAAUCCACCGCAAUGGCUGAUAGAUGGAUCGGAAGCCCUCUCAGAAUUGAGGAAGGUACUAGGCACUGAGAAGAUUGUGAAUGAUAUAUGGAAACUCAGCCCUCAUCCCCACACAACUUCACUUGAGGAUUUCCACACUGUGAGCAAGGGAUUUGCACCCAAAAAUGUGAUUCUUCCCUAUCAAGGAAGACUAUGCAGGUUGUAUUUGGCAGCGCUGCACUUUAAUGAAAACUCAGGCCGUCCCCAAGCGACCUCAGCUGAUGGUGAGCCCCUGUUCAGGGUGGCGUUUCCCAAGUCCCAGACAAGAGAAUGCACAGACAAGCCUGUGAUGGUGGAGCCAACAUACCGUUAUGAGGAAGAGCUGGUGGACUUGGUGUUUGACAAGGUCUUCACGGACCCCACUCCAUAUGUGGAAGAGGUGCUGAAGAUCCCCAGACCUCCAGAUGUGCCUUCACGCUUUGACCAACCGUGUAGUCAGGAUGUUGUAUCCGGCUACGUCUCCGUUAUCAAUCGAGGAGGCAGGCCUCCCCUCUAUUGACCUUCCCCCGAGAGAACUUUAUUCCAAGUGAGAAGGAAAGUCACCGGAGCAUCUCUGAUGUGGAAGAUUCAUGUGUGAACUUUAUUCCAAUGCCUCAGCAGCACAGCGCCAGAGGGCAGCUACAGUUUGGACAGUUUUUAUAUUGUUGAUCUUCUCAUCUAUUUUUGUAUUAUUUAGUCCUAAUUGCCAUUACAGGCUGAAGAAGAGCAUUCAAGCCCAAAACUUUCAUAGUCGAAUAAAAAAGCAGAAGUCUGAGA